AUGGUUCUGAAUCGUCCCACAUUAAUUCACCUUGCUGAUUUACGUUUCAGUAGUUUGGAACAUUUGAAAUCAUGGUGUGAUGUAACCCAUAAGCAGAAGUGGGAGCAAGCGAUUUCACGACUCGUUUCCACCAAAGCAUUCGACCAUGCAGAACGGGUUUUCGAUGAAGCAAAGCUGAAAAUGCGGGAGGGAGAUGAGGAAGAUGCAUACAAGCUGUUCACACGAAUGGGCAUUAUCUCAAAAAUAAUUAUUACCAAGAGCGACUUUCAAGAAUUCAAAAAUUCACCGGAUGGUCGACGUUUUUACUACUUGUUUGACCAGUGUAUUGCUUAUCUGAAAGAACUGGAAGAAAGUUUAAAGAAACGGUAUGAGUUGAAGAAAGCUGAGAAAAGUUAUGAUGAGCAGGACUUAUCAGUUUUGCAGAGUGAAGAAACACCGGAAGACAAAGAUUAUUUCAUGAAGGAAUCGAUGGUAAUAGAUCCACGUGACCUGGUACGGUAUAUUGCUUGUAAACAUCGAGCGCUUAUCAUUGAUUAUCGAAAGGACCAGACAGAUGUCAUCCAAUAUGCAAACGCUGGGCAGUUAUUGGUUGCACAGGUUCCUGCCGAUGCUGUCGUCCCUGGUUGUAUUGGUUCUUCACUGAUUCGCUCGGCUGAGAUUGCUCAAAGAGCUAUUCUUCAGCGAAUGGCAGAUGUAGAUGUGGUUGUGCUUAUGGGAAGUGGCAAUGCUCCAAAUGAGGAAAAAGAUAUGAUUGCUGGAUCAAAGGAACAAAUACUCUAUAGCGCAUUAUCAAUGUAUAACAAUAACUUUCGGUUGAAAAAUCUACCAAAAUUUUUGAAAGGUGGUUUUGAAAAUUGGCGUUUAUAUUAUCCAAUGCAUACAACCACAAAAUUUGCGAUGCGAAGGAAAUUUGUGGAUAUUGCAAAUCGUACUGAAUUCGCUAGAGCAGUUGCUGAAUAUAAAAAAGGUUUUGGGAUUGAUUCCUUAGAAUAUCCUCAAUUACUACCAAUGGUUUACUCUAAAGCAAGUGGAUUAUCAAUGCCUUACUCGAGUGCUUCAGAUAGUAUCGUGCAUCAUAUGGGACAAUCUUCGUCUUAUUCCUCAAUGUUGAUAGAAACUUCAGACGUUCCUGAUGAAUCAUCAUCCUUGGGCUUAGUGCUGCCACCGAAAAAUGAAUUGCUUGAUGUUAGGAUAGAUGCAGAUACAGCAAAUGAAUCAUCAGCUAUGAGGAAUUCAAACGUUACAGACGUUACAGUUCCUCCAAUCUCCCGAAAUGUGACUAGAAAUUCUAAUUCGCAGGUUGAUGUUUGUGCACUUCAAUCUCGUCAACUCCCUGUAAUUGACCGAAGCAAGAAACCACUUUCAGAGUUAUCUACUUUUAAAGAAAAAGCCUCUUCUGAAAAGUCUUUUUCACUUAAAUCGACUCCAACGAUGUUUGGUGGUGCAAAAUUAUACGGUGCAAGCUCAAAACAAACUGCAGUGAAUAUCCCAACUGUACCGGACAGGUUACUGAAACCACAGUUAUGUCCAAGCGAUGGCUCGCACCAGCUUUUACAUUUAUAUGAAUCUAUGACGAAUAUUCUCAGCCUCUGUGCGCUUUCUCGAAGCUGUAAUCCCGGAUACACUGGUUUGUACAAUUUGGGUAAUACAUGCUUCAUGAAUUCCGUGUUACAAACUUUGUUCAAUACAAUUCCACUGCGACGUAUUUUCACCAAAAACGAAUUUUUCAAAUUUGUUAACAGGACAAACAAAAUGGGUACAAUGGGUAUAAUAUCGUCUGUAUUCUCGGCAAUGAUGGAUUCUGUUUGGAGUGGAUUGUUCAGUGCUCUUCGUCCUCAACAAUUUCUUGAAACAUUUGCUGCUGAAGUGAAUGCUUCUUUGGCGGAUGGUCAGCAACAUGAUGCACAAGAAUUUCAAAUUUAUUUACUUGAUGCAUUGCAUGAAGAUACAAAUCGGGUAAUGAAACGCAAAACAUUUGAGCAGAAUUAUACUGGAGCAAAUUUGAAAGCAGAAGCAGCUGAUUAUAAUGAAAAGUUAAGGGGAUUUGCCUGUUCACCGAUCAGUGACAUUUUUAAUUGUCAAACAGUAUCAAGUUUGCAAUGCAAUAAGUGCAAGCGACAAAGCGUCACUUUCGAAGAAUUGGCUCAGUUGUCAAUAGAAGUACCAAAUCGGAAUUCAACAAUUGAAGAUUGUAUACGGAAUCAUUUUCAAGAUGUGGAACUUGAUGGUUCAUGCAAAUGGCGUUGCCCUGAUUGUGAGUCUUUACAGACUGCAACUCGUAGAACGUUUCUGUGGAAGCUACCUGAAGUUCUGGUCAUACACUUGAAACGUUUCACUUUUAUGGGAGAUAACUGGCAGAAAAACGAUGCUUACGUAACUUUUAACACGUUUCCACUAAAGCUACAAUCUGAAUAUUUCAGCUUAUAUGCUGUUGUCAACCACAGAGGGAGUUUGAAUAGCGGACAUUAUACAGCAGUGGUUCGUAACCAAAUCACUAAACAAUGGUUACUCUUCGACGAUGAUGUUGUUGCGCCGAUAGAUGUGGAUUUGAUAUGCUCGAAGUAUGCCUUUAUCUUAUAUUUUCAGAAAGAUUCUCUGUCGCAAAUUUUAUGA